AUGCGGUGGCGGCUGUCGGGCGCCCGUUCGACCAUCCCCGCCAGCGUCGCCCUCCUCCUCCUUCCGGUCCUGGUUGCUCCGCAGCAGCACCCAGAAUCCCAUGAUUUCUCCAUCCCCCAGGUCUCCGUGCCGUCAGCGCCGGCGGGAGCAGACCCAAUUCAUGCAAGUGCGGCAACACUAGCCGUACCACCCAUCGUGAAAUCCAACGAUGCGAGCGCCCUAGCAACUCUGGCUCUGGCAGGCUCCGGCCGCGCCGUUCGAGCCCCUCCCGUCCGGGCUAGCAGUACCGCUGCUGGCCUGGCUUCGCAGCUUCACGCGCGGUCCCUACAGGACUGGGAGGUUGAGGACUUUGUGCUGUUGGCGACCGUCGACGGAACCAUUCACGCGAGAGACCGGAAAACCGGCUCUUCUCGCUGGGCCCUCGAGGUGCCCAGCAGUCCUCUUGUGGAGAGUAUCUAUCAUCGUGCCAAUCGCUCGAGCUUUGAUGAGACCCAGCCCGAGGAUGACUUUUUAUGGAUCGUCGAGCCCAGCCAAGAUGGCAGCUUGUAUGUUUACAGCCCGGGUCCCGAGGCUGGACUGCAGAAGCUCGGCUUGACGGUCAAGCAACUGGUGGACCAAACCCCUUAUUCCGGUAUUCAGCCUGCUGUGACGUAUACUGCUCGCAAGGAGACGACUUUGUAUACGAUCGAUGCCCGGACUGGUAGCAUCUUGCGGGUGUUUAGCUCUCGGGGUCCAUACACCACGGGACAGGAAUGCCGGAAGGUGGAUGGUCUGGAGACAGACUCUGACGAGUGUGAGACCACUUCUGGUACCCUUGUACUCGGUCGUGUAGAGUAUGCCGUGGCAAUUCAGAACACCGAGACGGGGGACCCAAUCUGCACACUGAAAUACUCCGAAUGGGCCCCGAAUAAUCGGGAUAUUGACCUUCAAAGUCAGUAUUACCGCACAAUGGACUCGAGCCACAUUUAUAGCAUGCAUGAUGGAGUUGUGUUGGGAUUUGAUCAUUCUCGGAUGGACCGGCCUCGGUACACGCAACGUUUUUCAUCUCCAGUGGCCCGUGUUUUUGAUGUGGUUCGUCCUGUCAACAAGGAUGCCCCGGAUGCAUCAACGCCUCUGGUGCUCCUUUCCCAACCACUUCAACCUCCUGACCCGGACUAUGGCACAUUAGAUGACCGCGACACUCGUGUCUUCAUUGAUUCGACCAACGCGGGUGGGUGGUAUGCGUUGUCCGAAGAGACGUACCCUCUAGUCACAGGCCGAGCCCCAAUGGCUCAAUGUUACGACAAGGACUUCUUCCGCAAAGGACAGUUGCUCAUGAGUCUGACUCCAAGUCAACAACGAGACGCUUUGGCUGGUGUGCACUCCUUGAAUGGCCCACGCAUCACUCCAUCCAUUCCCCGACUGGGCAGCUCCCCGACCACCGAAAUAUCCAACGACACCCCACGUGAUGUCUUGCGCAGCCCAUCGGAACUUGCGCUACCCCCUGCCCUUCGGCACAGCGCCAUCAUCCGCAAAAGUUGGGACAACGCGUUGGACAUUGUUGUUACAUUGAUCUUGUUGUUCAUUGGCACGUUCAUCUACUUCAACUCGCAUCAUAUUCGGGAUCUCGCCAAGCAGAAGCUGGACAUCAAGAACAUCAUCAACAUCAAUGACAAAUCUGCACUGUCGACUCCUGCCACUCCCAUUGUCGGUUCGGCCCCGGACAUGAAGCGACCAUCUGCACCGACUCGACAACUUCCCGGCGUGACUGUGGAUGUUGACCUCGGAGAUAGCACUCCGGAUGGUGAAGCCACUCCUCGUCCCUCGCGGGAGCACAGUGCACCGCCUAUUUCGACGCCCCGCGUGCAAAUUCGUGAGCCAUCUCGUGAAACCGAUGAUGGCGAAGCGGAUGAUGGCGCUCAAGAUCCUGACAAGCCGGCGAAGAAGGGCAAGCGCAAGCGUGGUACUCGUGGUGGAAAAUCACACCGCAAGGGCAAGAAGCCCGGCACCGAGGGAGAUGCCAACCAGGCUGACCGGGUUGUGGAGCAAGUCAACAAUAUGGCUCCACAGUCUCGUCUGGAACCCGAUGUGCAAAUGACUCGUACCGUCUCCAACGAGAUUGUGGAGAUGGACGGUGUGAUCCGUAUUGGUCGAUUGGAAGUCUUCACCGAUGUUGUACUCGGACAUGGCAGUCACGGUACCGUGGUGUAUCGGGGCGUGUUUGAUGGGCGCAACGUGGCUGUCAAGCGUAUGCUGAUGGAGUUUUAUGAUAUUGCCUCUCACGAAGUUGGGUUGUUGCAAGAGAGCGAUGACCACCACAACGUUAUUCGGUACUUCUGCCGUGAACAGGCGGCAGGGUUCCUGUACAUUGGUCUGGAACUGUGUCCUGGGUCGCUGCAGGAUGUUAUUGAACGCCCCUCACAACACCCCGACUUGGUCCAAGGCGGCCUUGACAUGCCGGAUAUUCUGAAGCAGAUCACCCAGGGUGUGCGCUAUCUGCAUUCCCUCAAGAUCGUUCACCGUGAUCUGAAACCUCAGAAUAUUCUGGUUGCCAUGUCUCGUGGUCGAACCUCAGUUCGGUCUCUCCGGUUGCUCAUCUCCGAUUUUGGACUGUGCAAGAAGCUUGAGGAUAACCAGAGUUCUUUCCGAGCCACCACUGCUCACGCCGCCGGUACAUCGGGAUGGCGUGCGCCGGAGCUGUUGGUGGAUGAUGACAAUAUGGCCAUGAGCUCUGAGUCGCAGCAUACCGAAUCAUCGGAGCCCGCAGUUGUGGACCCGCAGACCAACCGCCGUGCCACUCGUGCCAUCGACAUCUUCUCCCUGGGCUGUGUGUUUUACUACGUUUUGACUCGUGGUAGCCACCCCUUCGACAAGAAUGGCAAGUUUAUGCGAGAGGCCAACAUUGUCAAGGGCCAAUUUGACCUGGAGGAGUUGAGUCGCCUGGGUGAUUAUGCCUUUGAGGCUGAUGAUCUCAUUCGCUCGAUGCUGUCUUUUGAUCCUCGACAACGCCCCGAUGCCAGUCAGGUCCUCAUGCACCCCUUUUUCUGGCCCCCCUCGGACCGUCUCAGCUUCCUCUGCGACGUCUCCGAUCACUUUGAGUUUGAGCCCCGUGAUCCACCCUCGGAUGCCCUGCUCUGCUUGGAGUCGGUUGCAGAGCGAGUCAUGGGUCCAGAGAUGGACUUUUUGCGUCUGCUUCCUCGUGAUUUCAAGGACAACUUGGGCAAGCAGCGCAAGUACACCGGUGACCGGAUGUUGGAUCUGUUGCGUGCGCUGCGUAACAAGCGCAACCAUUACAAUGACAUGCCUGAGUACUUGAAGGCGCAUAUCGGUGGACUGCCCGAAGGCUACCUGAACUUUUGGACGGUGCGCUUCCCCAGUCUGUUGAUGAGCUGCCACGAGGUGAUUGUAGAGUUGGGUCUUACAGAUAUCGAUCGUUUCCAGCGGUACUUUACUCCUCCUGAGUAG